GGAACUGAAGACAAUCCACGCGUUCACCCAGAAAACCUUAACUGUUGAUCAGUGGAAGACACAAUAAUGUAUACUAUUUAAUACAAUGCAGUAGUCGAAAUCCAUUAGUUUUUUAUUGUUCAUUAUACCUUGCUUAAGAUCUAGUCAAUUUCGCGUGUGCUUAUUACAUUAAAAGGACAAUGUUGACGGCCGUCGAUAAUUUGUUUACGGUGAGCGUUUCCGCGCCGGGGAAAGUCAUCUUGCAUGGAGAGCAUUCGGUCGUGUACGGAAAAACUGCGAUCGCUGUCAGCCUCGGCCUAAGGAGCUCCAUAGUGAUAAAGGAAGUAAACACUCCACACGAACCAGCAGUCCACAUACAUUUGCCGUGCGUGGAUCUACAGGAGACCAUUCCAUUGGAGCCGACAGUCAAAAGUCUGUUCCAUCCUAAACUGGCACCAGGGAUAACCGGCAAAUUCUCUUGGAGAUUACCCCACAAAAUCGACCAUGACUAUCACUUGCGAAGGGUGGAGGAAUACCUGCAUUUGAUCAAGCCUAACUUUGACUCGUUGCCCAACAAUCAAAAGAAUUCCUUGCGUAGUUUCCUAUACGUGUUUUCCGGGAUUUUCGGUAGCACAUAUCUACCGGUAAAGUCUAUGGAUAUUUCGAUGGGAUCUGAGCUCACCAUUGGCGCGGGUACUGGCAGUUCGGCGUCUUUUGCCGUCUGUCUAGCAGGAGCAUUGAUACAGCUGUUGAAAUUGAAGAGUUCUUCGGGGAAUUUCGAUGCAUAUUACGAUCAGAGCAGCCAAGAUUUUACGGAUACCGAAAAGGAGAUUAUAUCGGAAUGGGCCUUCAAUUGUGAGAAGAUAAUGCACGGAACACCUUCAGGUAUUGACAACGCGACCUGCACAUUCGGGAACUUGGUAUCGUUCAAGAAAGGCGCUAAACCACGUCAUCUCGACAUAAGGAUGGAGCUGCGCGUGUUGCUGGUCGAUUCGCGGGUGUCCAGAGAAACGAGGACCCUGGUCGUUCGUGUGGCGGCCCUAAGGCAAAGGAACACGGCCGCCGUGGACCACAUCAUGGAGGCCUGUGAACACGUUGCGCACACUGCCACUCAGGUUUUAGAGAAACUUUCCAGCGGCAAGUGUGACCCCGAUACGGAGGCGGACUAUCAACAUUUAUCAGAGCUUUGGGACAUGAACCACUGUCUGCUGUCGGCUCUGGGCGUGUCUCAUCCCUCUCUCGAGGUGAUCCGAGCGGCGGCCAAGAGCAAGGGGCUCGCCUGCAAGCUCACCGGAGCCGGAGGUGGAGGAUACGCCAUGAUCUUAAUUCCACCAUCGACUCCUCGUUCGACGAUAGACUCGCUGUCCGGCCAGCUGCUGCAGAACGGUUUCCGGGUCACGGAGACGAGGCUCGGUGGACCGGGCGUCUCCAUAGAGAUGUGACCAAAGACAAACAAGAGACAACGGGUCUCAUAGCGCACGGACCGUUUGUGA